GGGGGAUUGAGUCGUGGGUUGUGCGCGAAGCUCUUCUCGCCACGGUCUGUUUAGUGGCGCCACGGUCUGUUUAGUGGCGCUGUCAAUCUUCGGCGAUGGGAUUAGCCUAAUGCGUACACGUAGAGCAUAAUGCAUCGAUUAUUUUGAGUACGUGAGAUAACAUUUUAGGGUAAGUUAGAAUGUAUGGUCUAUUUUCCAUUUAACGUGUCUGUUGUAUAUGGUGCAUUUCUUUUUUUUUUUUAACUGCAUCUUGUAGGGUCGUAAGUGUUUAUUUGUCUGUCUGUCUAUGUGUUUCAGUGUGGGUAUUGUUUGUUGCGGUGUUGUAAGAGGUCAUUUAAAUUUAUUUCUUAGCUGCUUCCAAGUGGCGUAUUUUAAGUAUUGGGUAUUUCCGUAGAUCCUUGUGAGUUUUGGUAUACUAGCACGUAGAAGCCUAUUCACGUCCUGGUACAUGCAUUGCAUGCAUGGCAGCGUUUCUCAACCUGUGGGUCGCGGCCCCUUUGGGGGGUCACACGAACCUUUCACAGGGGUCGCAUAAGACCAUCUGAAAACACGUAUACUCUACAGUAAUAAAGUAUCGACGAAAAUAAUUUUGUGGUUGGGGGUCGCCACAACAUGAGGAACUGUAUUAAAGGGUCGCGGCUUCAGAAAGGUUGAGAACCACUGAUGUAUGGUAUCCUCUCUUAUUACAGCUUCGGGACGUGUUCAUAUGAGGGUCUCAAAAAUAUGUUAACUUUCCUCCCCAACUACUCAGUUUAAGUUAACACCAGAGGAGCCAUUAACAGCGCGAGGAGGGGAGCCAUGCGCCCUGGGUGUCAGUUCAAAAACUUGAUACUUUCAACGAGACAUAAAUGAAACUGGAACACAUUUAUUUUGCUAAUAAAGAUGAUCUGUCACAAGGGUCACGUUUCUGUUCCAAUCACGUUAGAAAUUAUCUUCUAUCGACAUUUCUAUUGUGGUAGUUCAUGUUAUGGCACAAUAAGAAAACAAAGUUUGUGUUCUUUUUUUUGAUUGGGGGGGGGGUAUUGGGGUGGGUGGGGGGGAGCGUGUUCAUGUCCUUAUCAUUGGUCCAUUUAUUGUGGUAGUUCAUGUUAUGGCACAAUAAGAAAACAAAGUUUGUGUUCUUUUUUUUGAUUGGGGGGGGGGGUAUUGGGGUGGGUGGGGGAGAGCGUGUUCAUGUCCUUAUCAUUGGUCCAUUAACUAUUUUAAUUUUCUAACUGGUUUUGUCCCUACGAUCUUAAUGUAGAAUAGGCCAGGUUUCCCAAGUUGCUGGAUAAAGUGCUACCUGGUGCUAUCCAGUCUAAUCGUUACUACCCCCCCACCCCAUGACAUUUAGACCAAAGAAUUCAUGUUGUUACUAGGGGGGAUGUCAGCCAUUCAGCUAAAUUUCAUCACAUGUGACCUUUUUAUCCAAAAGAUUUAGGACCACUGGUCUAGACAAACAUGGGUGGUAUGCAAGUUGAUCCUGUUCAUACACAGAACGCUGUGUCGCCUCAAUUCAUUUAUGAGCGUAUGAACAUCAAGAAACGGCAUGAAGCUUCAUGAAACGUCAUAAAACGUCAUGAAAUUAACAUGACACUUAAGACAAGAAAUAAAUAAAAAAGUUCUCAUAUAAUAUAAUGAAAUGAAAAAAAAAGUCGACUAAGAUCGAUAAUUAAAGAAAUAACAAAAAUUAAGCAUAUGCAUAUAUAUCCUAUAUGUAUUACAAUAAAAUACCGUGAAACAUUUUUAUACUGAUAAUUGAGAAACAUUGAGUAAAUCUGUUAAUUUUUGACAACAUUCAUAUUUGCCUCAUUCUCAUAUUUAAUGUGUCAACAUUGAUGUAACGAAAAUAAUAGGCUAUAUCACUGUAUGAAAUCUGCUUGAUUAAGUAUUUUAAGAACUCUACUUAGCAAAAAAGCAGAACAAAAGUCAUUGUAUAGACCAGUGGUUCUCAACCCUUCCCAAUGUCACGACCCUUUCAUACUGUUUCUCAUGUUCUGGUGACCCCCCCCCCCCCCCCCAAACCAUAAAAUUAUCUUCUUUGCUAUUUCAUUAAUAUGUUUUCUGAUAGUCUUAGGGCAACCCUCGUGUAAGGGUCGCUCGACCCCCCAAAGGGGUCGCAACCCACGGGUUGAGGACCACUGGUAUAGACAGAUUGUUUUUCUUUAGCACACCCCCUUUUUUUUUCCCCCAAGCCGAGUUAUGUCACAGCGUCUUCUUUUCAUAAAAAAAAAUUCCUUAACGCCCUUCAAAAGCCUAUCAGCUUAAUUUAUAAUCAUCCUUUAAGGCUGGUCAUAAAAGAAGACCAAACACAACCUACUAAGAUUUCUGGGUAAACUCUGAACUGACCAAGAUAGAGGACAUGUCUUUGAUCGGAAAAUCCCCGAGACUCGAACCCACACUUGAAGAUGGCGUGGCUGCAGACUCGGAUUACAACACAUACAGAAUACAGGUUGGUAAGAGAAGGAAGAGAUCGCCCCCCCCCCACACACACACCAUAAAGAUAAUGACCAUUUCAUUAAUUAACUCUUUUUGUAUUUUUUUUUUAAAGAAAAUUUAGAAAAUGAUGACAGUUUUUAAUUUUUAAAAAAGAAGGGGGAAAAAAUUUUGACGAUGACUCAAAGUACACUGCCAGUUCUAUCCAUCCCCAACAUCACCAGUAUCAACCCCUGACAUCGCCAGUUCUGUCAACCCCCAACAUCGCCAGUUCUGUCAACCCCAAAACAUCACCAGUAUUAUCAACCCUAACAUCACAAUUUCUUUAAACUCUAUACCAUGCCCAAGAUCGCUAACCACGUGUGUAGGUAUAUCGUGCGCUCUCUCCCUUUGUUCCUAGACAAGGGGCGAGUAUGAAGAGCUGAUGACGGAGUUUGAGUUUCGCUGCAAGCGGUCUGCCAUGAUCAACAAUCACGAGGCGUCCAGUUAUGAGAGGAUUGUGUAUUGGACAGAACUGGUAGCAGCCCUGCUGGGUGAGCCCAGACAUCAUAUAUUAGAGUAUAAUUAGUAGUAGUAGAUUGUGUACUGGUCAGUGCUAGUACCAGCCCUGCUAGGUAAGACUGGACAUCAGAUAAUAGAGGAUUAUGUACUGACACCUGAGUAGCCAUUUUGCCAUCAUCGAAAGCAAAUUUAGUUGUAGGCAUACAACAUUUAAAAAAAAAAUAAAUCGAAACUAGCAUGAGGUAGGAGUGCAAGUUAGUGCUUCAGAAACCAGAGGCGUAGCUAGAGUGUUUGGCACCGGGGGACAAGAUUCAUUUUAAAGAGCCACCCUUUCUUUUUUCAACUCUCAAACCCAUUAUUUUCAUCAAUAAAAUAUUAUAAAUGCACAUUUCGACGCCCAUUAACUAGUCUGGCGCCCAGGGACACCUGUCCUCCCCUGCCCCCUCCUAGCUACGCCUCUGUCAGAAACAUAAUCUCUUGAUUUUUCUAUGACGUUUCAGCUUUCUCAAAUGUUAUACCACGUGGCAUCGAAAUCAGUGGAUUGUUAUCCUAUCGGGUUGAGUUUAAGGUUUCGGUGGCAUACGGUGGUUACCAGUGGCGUAGCUAGUGUUGAUGUCAUUCGGUGCGGUCCACACCCCCCUAACUACGCCACUGGUGAUGGUCAUUGAACGUGUUAACGCCGUGGGACUAACAUACCGACUCUUUAUUUUCUACCAACUCCGCUGAAUUAUGAACAGUUUCUCGAGCUCAGAUUCACUUAAUGACCCGCCAAUGACAUUGCAGUUGUUGUUGUUUUUUUAUUACAGUAUUAACCACCACCGUUUGUUGUAUUAACCACCACCGUUUGUUGUUCUUGACUUAAAACCGAGCUCAAAUUUCAGGAGCCGUCUCUGUAUCUACACUUGGUAUGUGGCUGCUCCACUGGCAGAGCAGCGUAACGUCGCUGGCCAGUUUCGCUCAGCUUGGAUCUCUUGGAGUUCUAGGACUGGCGAUAGCGUUCAUCAUCGAGCUGCUCAGUAAGGGAGGGGAGAGAAUCAUACCAUCGUUCAGGUCUGUGAAAUGCUCCUCAAUGGGUUAUUGUUCCUAGUUGCCCACUCUCCCGGAUUCUCUCUUAAAAACCAGGGAUUUGGACAAGGCUGCGGCUAUUCGGACCCGGGUCCGAGAAGUGAGAGUUUUGGUUUAUUAAAAAGUAUUUAAAAAUUAUUGUAGGGUUUGUAAGACAAAAUUUGGUAUCAAAUGAAAGAUAAUUGAAUGGACUAUAUGUCUCUAAACUUACUUCUUAAGUUUAAACAAAAUAAACUUCCACAAAUGACAUCCCAAUAGCAUUUAGUCAAAAUGGAACCGGAAACGCAUCGCCGCUAUUCGGACCCGGGUCCCUUUAGACUCAAUGCUAUUCGAGUGUCAUUUGUGUUAGUUUAUUUUAGUUCAACUGAAGAAUUAUUAACUUUACAAAAAAACAUCUUGUCCAUUCAAUUAUCUUCCAUUAUCUUUCUUAUAUUUUAGGUCAGUAUUUUAUUGUUCAUUCCAGUAAACGGGCAGAGGCUCAUAUAAAGGCUGGAGCUGCCUGGCAGAGGCUGGCUCAGAAAACGAGGUCAUACAGGAUACAGCUGGACAACCCUAAACUGGACAUCAGCACGUAAAUUACGUUUCCUUUAGAUUUGACAAUUUCUGAACUCCCUUCUUUCGCAAAGAUGCAUAAAGCAGUUUGCAUUGGGAGAAAUACGUUUCACGUCUAUGAAAUUCUUAUAAUUCUGAAGUUAUUUUUAAAAACUUUUGAUGAAUUUUUUUAAUUAAUUUUCUUUUUUUUGACUGGGGAUAACUUCAUCUAUAGCAGUGGUUCUCAACCUUCCUAAUUCCGUGACCCUUAAAUACAGUUCCUCAUGUUGUGAUGACCUAACCAUACAAUUAUUUUCGUUGCUAUAGGCCUAUAUACUUCAUACAUAUGUGUUCUCCGAUGGUCUUAGGCAACCCCUGUGUAAGGGUCAUCCACUGAUUUAAAGUAUUAAGCUAUACCUGUGGAUUUUUAUCAUUCUUAAAUUAAAAUUGCGGUUUAUUUUUAAAUAGCAUAGUAACAUACUAUUUUUUCAUAAUAAAAUAGGUCAGCGUUAAAAUUUAAUAGAUUUUGUUUAAAAUGCAGGUUUGCCGAGUGGUACGAUCAUCUUAUUGAACAGAAAGAAAAGCUCAGCUACUCCGUCAUCAUUGCCCAGUCCACAUUUCGGAUGUUUGAUGACCCUAAAAGGAUCUUCACUACUCUCAAACACCAGAAACAGUUAUACUUACAGUUUGUGGCUCUUGAAAAAAUGGAUGUUAAAGAUGUGCAUGAAAAAUACGCUUAAAAAAGUAUUGAACUAGAGAUUUUGAAGCAAAAAUGUUUAACAUGUUUUUGAAAAAUAAUUUGAUUGGAAAAUGUGUACAAAUUUAUAUUCUAUACUGUAUACUCUUAAAUACUAAAAUAAUAGUUAAUUGUCAUAAUUUAGUUUCAUUUGCUCUAAUAUUUGAAUUUACAAAAAAAGUUAGUUAAAAAUACGAAAUUCUUUUUUGUUAAAUGUACCUUUAACUUUUACUAAUUAUGAAACCCC